CGUUUUUUAUUCAGAGUUGGGCAGCGGCACGAUUAGCGGCUAUGGAGGAAGGAAAGAAAGAUAAAAAGCUACCUGAGAGUACUGAAGACAAGGAGAAGCAUUCGCCCACCAAGGAGAAGGAAAAGGAAAAGAAGGAUGAGCAGGAAUUGUCUGAAGAGGACAAACAGCUUCAGGAGGAGCUGGAGAUGAUGGUGGAGCGGCUGAGUGAGAAGGACGCUUCCCUGUACCAUCCCGCCCUGGAGGAGCUGCGCCGGCACAUCCGGUCCUCCACCACCUCUAUGACAUCGGUUCCCAAGCCACUCAAGUUCCUGCGACCACACUACGGAAAGCUGAAGGAGAUCUACCAGGGCAUGGAGGAUGGAGAAAACAAGCGGUUCUGUGCAGACGUGGUGUCGGUCCUCGCCAUGACGAUGAGUGGGGACCGUGAGUGUUUGAAGUUUCGCCUUUUGGGCUCGCAGGAGGAGUUGGCAUCCUGGGGUCAUGAAUACGUCAGGCACCUGGCUGGGGAGGUGGCCAAGGAGUGGCAGGAGGUGGAGGAGAGUGACACGGCCCAGCAGGAGGCGCUGCUGAAGCUGGUGAAGGAGAUAGUGCCCUAUAACAUGGCCCACAAUGCCGAGCAUGAGGCCUGUGACCUCCUGAUGGAGAUUGAGCGCUUGGAUAUGCUGGAGCAGUACAUCGACGAGAAUGCGUAUGCCAAGGUCUGCCUCUACCUGACCAGCUGCGUGAGUUACGUCCCCGAACCAGAGAACUCUGCACUGCUCAAAUGCGCCUUGAAGAUCUUCCGCAAGUUUGGCCGCUACCCCGAAGCUCUGCGCCUGGCCCUGAUGCUGAACAAUGUGGAGCUGGUGGAGGACAUCUUCAUCUCCUGCAAGGACAUCGUGAUCCAGAAGCAGAUGGCUUACAUGCUUGGACGACACGGGCUGUUUCUGGAGCUCAGCGAGGACGUGGACGACUAUGAGGACUUGACGGAGAUCAUGUCCAACGUUCAGCUCAACAGCAACUUUCUGGCUCUGGGCAGAGAGUUGGACAUCAUGGAACCCAAAGUACCUGAUGACAUCUACAAAACACAUUUAGAAAACAACAGGUUUGGAAGCAGUGGCUCCCAGGUGGACUCCGCCCGGAUGAACCUGGCCUCCUCCUUCGUCAAUGGCUUUGUGAACGCGGCAUUUGGUCAGGACAAGCUGCUCACAGAUGAUGGGAACAAGUGGCUCUACAAGAACAAGGACCAUGGUAUGCUGAGUGCGGCUGCCUCCCUGGGAAUGAUUCUCCUGUGGGACGUAGACGGUGGUCUCACGCAGAUCGAUAAGUACCUGUAUUCAUCGGAGGACUACAUCAAAUCAGGUGCCCUCUUGGCCUGUGGCAUUGUGAACUCGGGCGUCAGGAAUGAGUGCGACCCAGCCUUGGCUCUUCUCUCUGACUACGUUCUGCACAACAGCAACGUCAUGCGGAUCGGGGCCAUCUUUGGGCUGGGCCUGGCCUAUGCUGGAUCUGGCCGUGAGGAGGUGCUGUCUCUGCUGUUGCCUGUCAUGGGCGACUCCAAGUCCAACAUGGAGGUGGUAGGAGUGACUGCACUGGCGUGUGGUCUGAUCGCUGUCGGCACCUGCAAUGGGGACGUGACUUCGACCAUAAUGCAGACCAUCAUGGAGAAGUCUGAGCAGGAGCUGAAGGACACAUAUGCUCGCUGGUUGCCCCUUGGGCUGGGCCUCAACCACCUGGGUAAGGGCGAUGCCAUUGAGACUACCCUGGCAGCUCUGCAGGUGGUAUCUGAGCCCUUCCGCAGCUUUGCAAACACCCUGGUGGACAUCUGUGCCUACGCAGGGUCGGGCAAUGUGCUCAAGGUACAGCAGCUUCUUCAUAUCUGCAGUGAGCACUAUGACACCAAGGACAAAGAGGAGGACAAGGACAAGAAGGAUAAGAAGGACAAGGAGAAGAAGGAGAGCACAGCCGACAUGGGCUCCCACCAGGGCGUGGCAGUGCUGGGAAUCGCACUCAUUGCUAUGGGAGAGGAAAUCGGCUCGGAGAUGGCCCUGCGGACCUUCGGACAUCUGCUACGCUACGGGGAACCCGCCCUCCGGCGUGCUGUCCCUCUGGCCCUUGCCCUCAUCUCCGUCUCCAAUCCCCGGCUGAACAUCUUGGACACGCUCAGCAAGUUCUCCCAUGAUGCCGACCCCGAGGUCUCCUACAACUCCAUCUUUGCCAUGGGCGUGGUGGGCAGCGGGACCAACAACGCCCGCCUUGCUGCUAUGCUGCGACAGCUGGCCCAGUACCACGCCAAAGACCCCAACAACCUCUUCAUGGUUAGGUUGGCGCAGGGUUUGAUGCACCUGGGCAAAGGGACACUCACCCUGUGUCCGUACCACAGUGACCGGCAGCUCAUGAGUCAGGUAGCGGUGGCUGGCCUGCUCACGGUCCUCGUCUCUUUCCUCGAUGUCAAGAAUGUGAUCCUGGGGAAGUCCCACUACGUACUGUACAGUCUGGUGGCAGCCAUGCAGCCUCGCAUGCUGGUCACCUUCGACGAGGAGCUGCGCCCGCUGCCGGUGUCGGUCCGCGUGGGACAGGCGGUGGACGUGGUGGGCCAGGCCGGGAAGCCCAAGGCCAUCACAGGCUUCCAGACCCACACCACGCCAGUCCUGCUGGCCCACGGCGAGCGGGCUGAGCUAGCCACUGAGGAGUACCUGCCCGUCACACCCAUCCUGGAGGGCUUCGUCAUCCUGCGCAAAAACCCCAACUAUGACGCAUAGGGGGAGCGUGACCAAGCAGUAGGUUAGAGCAAGCACUGUUCAGGGAUGCAGCUGACAUCACUUCCUGCGGAGGGUCGGAUGGACUGGAACAUGCAGCAGUCCCAUGUACAUUAGGGAGGUUGUGGAAGCCCUGUGGGCAGAGGAACCAUUCUGUGUGUGUGUGCGCGUGUGUGUGUGCGUAUGUGCAUGUGUGUGUGGGUUUUUUUUUUUUUAUUAUUAUUAUUUUAAGUGAACAUGAAUGGCCACGUUGGUGUUCGUGGUUCUUCAUAUUGUUUUGGCAACGGUAUUAAAAAGGAUUUGAAUAAAUUCACAUCUGUAUCGUU